AUGGCACCCCAAAUAGGACACGACCAGGCUCUCAAGAUGACCGCUAAGCCGAUAUCAUCGCUUUUCCCCGACCGACCCAUACGGCCCCUGCCGAAACGGCGGCUUAGAGAGCGGCUCACCCCCGAGGCAGCCGACUCGAUCCAGUACCCUCCCGCCCCGCGGAGCUCUACAUCAUUGUUUUCGUACCCAUACUCAUUAUUAGAGGAGCAACCAGAAUCUAGCUCGGCACCUGUGCGCGAGGUAGCGUCGCAUCAUGAGGAAGGCAAGCCGCAAAACAAUGGGGUGGAGGGCGACCGGAAGACGGGGGACGGUACACUCGGCCAAGGUGCAGUGAGCCGAGCAGCGCUGCAACACGCCGAACUCGUGACGCGGCAGAAACAAGAACAUGGCCGUUACGCAGAUUCGCUUCCGCUUCCCUCGACAGCGUCUUCGGCGGACGGUUACGAUCUUUUUGAGAACACUAACAAUAAGAAAAGGAAGAUCCCCACCGCCGGAGAUUCAGUACCGGGCGGAGCGCACGUUGUCAGCGAUUCCGCCACUGGAACGGGUCCGAGUACAUCCGGUGCUCAAUUUGCAGACGGCGAAGUUGGGCCGGGAGGACCAUUAAACCGCGUUCCGGUCACUGGGUCGGCGGAAGCAGUAUGUGGGCUUGACCCCGAGCAUGAAGGCAAAUGGCUGACAGUUACCAAAGGCGAGAGCACUGGCAUUAUAUCCAAUGCCAUUGCCAAAGCGGAGAAGUUUCCGCCGCACCAUGGCCAAGAGAACAUCAGUCUCUUGCACCAGCCCUCGUCCGUGAAACGCAACCCAGCUUCGACGCAGUUCACAUUCACAUGCGACUCACAGGUCCCAGGGUCACUCGCUUGGCCUGGUUCUGAUCGUCGGAUUGCCAUGCCGCAGCACGCUGUGGUGGGCCAGGGUAAAGAAAACUGGCCUCGCGUCGCCCAACCUGUGCAGACCGGGCAUCCCGCGUCGGCAAUACCCCACGCUGCGGACGCGGGCACCAAAGAGUCCUCAUCAAGAGGCACCCACCAUGCAACGCUGCCUCAGAAGACCUCCCGUCGAAGCGCUACGAAGGAGUACCUAGCUGCGGCCAAGGCGCGUCGCCGGGAAACACAGCUCUACAACAAGCGUCACCCGCCGAAACCCGAAGACAUGUGGGUCUGUCAUUUCUGCGAGUAUGAGUGGAUUUUCGGUCACCCACCGGAGGCUUUGGUUCGGUCGUACGAGAUCAAGGAACGGAAACAGCGGCAGUUGGAAGAACAGCGGAGAGCCCAAUGGGAGAGGAUGAAGAAGGGGAAACACAAGGGGAAAAAAAACAGCAAGCUCCCGGCCAAGAACGGCCACGCUGUGCAAGAUGUACACCACCACGCAGACAACCGUGGAGUGGCAGGCGAUCAUUACGACCACGGCGAUCAAGGGGAGGAAUAUUAUGACGACGAGUAUUACGAGGACGAGGAGUAUGACGCUGAAGAAGAAGGGGUCAUUGAACCUAGCCCAGGAAGCCUCGGACGGCAUGCCGAUGUUCCAGCUCAUCUAGGUGAUAGUUUCGCGGUCCACGAUGGAGGGGGGACAUAG